GUUUUGUUUUGUUUUGUUUUGUUUUUUUCGGCCCAGCCGGCGCCUCCUUCCUCCCUGAUUGGCUCUGGAGAUAGGCCAGGAGCCUGCGCUCUCCUUCCCGAGGAGACACUUCUGGGGAAGCAGUAGCCCUUUCUCCUUUAUUCACAAAGAUGACGCUCGCCGUCCUGGCCCUGCGGCUGGUGGUCUGUACCCUGGCGCUUCCCAUGUUUCUACUGAACCUUCUAGGGGUGUGGAGCUGGGUAUGCAAAAAGUGCUUUCCCUACUUCCUGAAGCGAUUCACCGUGAUGUACAAUGAGCAGAUGGCGAGCCGAAAGCGGGAGCUCUUCAGCAAUCUGCAGGAGUUUGCGGGCCCCUCAGGGAAGCUGACUCUGCUGGAGGUGGGCUGUGGCACCGGGGCCAACUUCAAGUUCUAUCCCCCCGGCUGCAGGGUCACUUGUAUCGACCCCAACCCCAACUUCGAAAAGUUCUUGUUCAAGAGCGUCGCAGAGAACCGGCAGCUGCAGUUUGAGCGCUUCCUGGUGGCAGCAGGGGAGGACAUGCACCAGGUGACCGAUGGCUCUGUGGACGUGGUGGUCUGCACCCUGGUGCUGUGCUCAGUGAAGAACCAAGAGAAGAUUCUGCGUGAGGUGUGCCGAGUGCUGAAGCCGGGAGGGGCUUUUUACUUCAUGGAACAUGUGGCAGAUGAACGGUCCACCUGGAAUUACUUCUGGCAACAGGUCCUGGAUCCUGUCUGGUUCCUCGUUUUUGACGGCUGCAAUCUGACGAGAGAGAGCUGGAAGACCCUAGAGCAGGCCAGCUUCUCGAAGCUGAAGCUGCAACACAUCCAGGCCCCGCUCUCCUGGACAUUGGUGAGGCCACACAUCUAUGGCUACGCUGUGAAAUAGAGUGAGGCGGCAGGAGAGACCUGAUCUGCUCCGUGCUGGUUUGAGGCUUCCGUUUUAGACGUAAAAUUCUAACUGGGAGAGGUGAAAAUCAAAUUCAUCCCUACAGGUUUCUGUUUAGCCGUUUUCUAUGUUGUCUCCCUCCGAAUCAAAAACCAAAUCAUAGCAGCUUUGAACUCUCCCUCCAAAGGGACCAGAGGUCUCUCAUAGGCCUUUGAUAAGGAAGCAGUGGGGGAAACUUACAGCUUGCAAACCAAAUAAAUAAAUC